CACAAAAAGACACAAUAUUCCAUGGAACGAAGUCUUUUGAGCUAUUUUGGGAUAAAAUUUGACGAGGAAGGUUUCGAUUGGAACGAAUAUGAGCAAGGAUUGGCUCUUGGGUCUUUUUAUUGGCUUUACUGGUUAACGCAAGUGCCUGGAGGGAUUCUCUCGAAGAAAUAUGGACCAAAAGUUGUUUAUGGAGUUUCGAAUUUUUUGUCAGCUCUUUUUUGUUUUGUGAUGCCAAUCGCUUCGUAUUUAAGUUUUGAUGCUUUAAUUAUUUUGAGAGUGGUUCAAGGAGUUGUUACGGGUUUUGCUUGGCCUGCAAUGCAAACAAUGGUAGGAAGUUGGAUUCCGCCAAAUGAACGCAGCAAAUUCGUGUCUUCUUAUCUCGGAAGUUCUUUUGGAGUUUUUAUCAAUUAUCCGCUUUUUGGUGCAAUUAUCUCAAUUAGUUGUUGGGAAAAUGUCUUUCAUUUUUGCGGGAUUUUUGGAACUGUUUGGUUUUUGGCGUGGUGCUACUUUGUUUAUGACACUCCAGCGAUGCAUCCAAGAAUAGCUCAGGACGAGCGUCAAUACAUCGAAAAAUCUUUGGGGACAACGGUUCAAAAGAAAAUUUAUCCGACACCGUGGAAAGAAAUUUUAACAUCGAAAAUAGUCUGGAUGAUUCUCAUUGCUCAAUGGGGAGGCGGAUGGGGACUUUUUACCCUAAUGACGCAGGCUCCAACGUAUUUCAAGUACAUUCAUGGAUGGGAUAUCAAAAUGAGUGGAUUCCUGAGUGGCUUACCUCAUUUACUUCGAAUACUGUUUUCACUCUUUUUCUCAUGGUGCGCCGAUUAUCUUCUUAGACACGAAAAAAUGUCUCGAACUAAUGUACGAAAGGUUGGAACAGCGAUUUCCACAAUCGUCAAUGGAUUUUUCGUUCUUGGACUUGCCUAUUCUGGUUGCAAUUCAUUUUUAGCCAUCGUAAUGUUGAAUUUAUCAGUUGGUUUUCAUGGAGCUGUCAGUUCAGGACCCCAUUCUGCCAUGUUAGAUGCUUCUCCCAACCAUGCUGGAAUCAUAUCGGGCAUUAGUGGAACAACAGCUUGUGCCACGGGAUUCAUUUCGCCAAUCAUCGUUGGAUUGUUGACUUUAAAUAAUCAAACAGCAAAGCAAUGGGAAUAUGUUUUCCUGAUAACCGCUGGCAUGUUAUUCAUUUCAGGAGUCCUUUAUUGUUUCUUUGGAGACUCAAAACUGCAAAAAUGGAACUCACCUGAGACAGAAAAUGACGUUGAAAUAGAAAAUUUAGACAAAAAAUCGGCGAAAAACUCAAACAAUUAAAAUUGCAUUCGCAAAA